AUGUCUGUUGGGAUGUCUUUAGUUGCAAGUGAUUUCAUCAAUUACCAUCAAUUGGAUGAUGCAAGUACCGAUUUAAAAUUAACUAUGAGUAUUGUGAAUUUGCAGCCACCAGAAUCGUCUGAUUCUUCUGGUGUGAGUAGUGAACUUUCUGAUUUUAUCGCUAGCUUGACUAAGUCUGAAUCUGCAAGUGGUGUUAGUUCUGGUAAUGAUGAAAUUUCAAGUGAAGCUGUCUCCAGUGAUGAAAAUUCCAGUGUUCUUUCCAGUGGUCUUGUUAGUAAUCUGGCUUCUAGUGAAUCAUCAGAAACUGGUUCAAGUGAAUCUGGUGUAUCAGAUGAAUCGUCAACUGGUGCCCUUGAUACUGCUUCAUCGAGUGAAUCAACAUCUAACGGAGCUGGAACAAUUAUCGUCUAUCCUUUUGCGUUAGGUUUGGUCGUCUUAGCUUUAUUAUAG